AUGGCGGCGCCCAUGGAAGUGGCCGUGUGUACGGACUCGGCGGCCCCGCUGUGGAGCUGCGUGGUGUGGGAGCUGCACUCGGGCGCCAACCUGCUCACGUACCGCGGCGGGCAGGCGGGGCCCCGCGGCCUGGCGCUGCUCAAUGGCGAGUACCUGCUGGCCGCGCAGCUGGGCAAGAACUACAUCAGCGCCUGGGAGGUGCAGCGCAAGGACCAGCUGCAACAGAAGAUCAUGUGUCCCGGGCCCGUCACCUGUCUGACCACUUCGCCCAACGGCCUCUACGUCCUGGCGGGCAUCGCAGAAAGCAUAUACCUAUGGGAGGUCUGUACUGGGAACCUGCUGGUGAUCCUCAGCCGGCACUACCAAGAUGUCUCGUGUCUCAAGUUCACUGGGGACAGUAGCCACUUCCUGUCGGGGGGCAAGGACUGCCUGGUGCUAGCCUGGAACCUCUGCAGCGUGCUGCAGGUGGACCCCGCCAGGAUCCCUGCUCCACGGCACGUCUGGUCUCGCCACACGCUCCCGGUCACAGACUUGCACUGCGGCUGUGGGGGCCCCCUGGCCAGGGUGGCCACCUCCUCACUGGACCAGACAGUGAAGCUGUGGGAGAUCUCGUCGGGGGAGCUGCUGCUGUCCGUGCUGUUCGACGUGGGCAUCAUGGCCGUCACCAUGGACCUGGCCGAGCACCACAUGUUCUGCGGGGGCAGCGACGGCUCCAUCUUCCAGGUGGACCUCUGCACCUGGCCCGGGCAGAGCGAGCGGAGCUUCCAGCCGGAGCAGGAGGCUGGGAAGGUUUUCCGAGGGCACAGGAACCAGGUCACAUGUCUGUCGGUGUCCACGGACAGCACCCUGCUGCUGUCCGGCUCCCACGAUGAGACGGUGCGCCUGUGGGACAUACGGAGCAAGCAGUGCGUCCGUACCGUGGCACUCAAAGGCCCUGUGACCAACGCAGUCAUCAUGCUGGCACCCGUGGGCAUGCUCAGCUCUGACUUCCGGCCCAGCUUGCCGCUGCCCUACUUCAACAGGCACCUGCUGGGGGCAGAACACGGGGAUGAGCCCCACCGAGGGGGCUUCACGCUGCGCCUGGGUCUCCACCAGCAGGGGUCAGAGCCCAGCUACCUGGACCGCACAGAGCAGCUACACAAGGUUAUGUGCGGCACCAUGGAGAAGAGCGUGCUGGGUGGCCAGGACCGGCUGCGGGUGCGCGUGACGGCGCUGGAGGAGGAGGUGCACAGCCUGCGAAAGAUCAACCGGGACCUGUUCGACUUCUCCACGCACAUCAUCACGCGGCCGGCCAAGUGAGCCGGGGGCGGCCAGAGCCGGGCAGGGCAGGGCAGGGCUGUGACCUCAGAACGCUGGGGCUGAGCUGCCUGCCACCGCCGGCCACCCUGCUUGCCCCCCGGGGUCCCCCAUGUGGGGGACACUCUGCGUCUCUUGUGUGUGAGGCCUCAUGGGUGGUGCUGGGUUUUUUGUUUGUUUUAUUUUGUUUUUAAGAAA